GAACCGGCUCUCCUUUCCUGUCCCCUUUGGUUACCGUCGACAUUUUAUUGGCUUAAAUUGCAAUGGCGUGUUUUUACGGUGGUUUACGGGCAAGGGCUGAAGUUGUAUUUUUACAGUGAGAGACAGACAGGGAAAAGCUACUGCUUCAAACAUUGCCGAGCAGAUCUUCAGCAUCUCCUCUAGACAGUCGUCCAGGUUGGCUAGCACACUGCAGCAUAAACCACGUUUUGAAAGCACAGUUUGGGUCUGUGUGGGUACUCGGAGCAGCCGUCGCUGUCAAGGAGCUCCUGUGGUAAUUUGGCUGUGAGGACAAAACGCCAGUCAGCUACACGACCUGACCAGAGUCUAAGAUGCCCUAGGCCGGGAGAAGGGAAAUGUAAAUGGCUUCCAAAGUAAAAGAUGCUGUGGUGUGGUACCAGAAAAAGAUUGGCGCCUAUGAUCAACAGAUAUGGGAGAAAUCAGUGGAGCAGCGAGAAAUAAAGUUUAUUUCUCUGGGCUUGAGGAACAAGCCAAAGAAGACAGGACAUGUCAAACCAGACCUUAUAGACGUGGACUUGGUUAGAGGUUCGGCGUUUGCCAAAGCCAAACCAGAGAGCCCUUGGACGUCGCUGACCAGGAAGGGCAUCGUCAGAGUCGUCUUCUUCCCGUUCUUUUAUCGAUGGUGGAUCCAGGUCACCUCCAGAGCCAUUUUCCUCUUGCUGCUGGCUCUCUAUCUGCUGCAAGUGGCAGCAGCAGUCCUGUAUGUGACCAUCCCUCAGCCUCAUGGGAUACCUGCCACCGAGGUGUUCGGAGCCAUCUGGCUCAUGUUGCUGCUGGGCACCGUCCACUGUCAGAUCGUCUCCACCAGGACCCCGAAACCUGCCUCAAGCAGCGGGGGGAAGAGACGCAGGAAGUUGAGGAAGGCAUCUCAGAUGGAGGUGCAUAGGGAAGGCGACGGGUCUAGCACUACCGAUAACACACAGGAGGGGGCGCCACACUCCCACUCAGCCAGCACCACAUACAGCCUGGGCGCACUCUUCCAAGAUUUCUGGCAUGAUAUCUGUAAAGCUGGAUCCAAGAAGUCCAAGCUGUCCAUCGACAAGUCGACGGAGACGGACAACGGCUACGUGUCGCUGGACGGCCGUGUGACCAAUCGCAGCAGCGAGGAGGGGCUGCAGCUCCACGAGCAGCGAUGUGAUUCGCUGAACAGGGCGGACGAGGCGUGCUGGAACCCUCACGUCAAGCCGACACACGCUCACGCACCCCGCAGCACCGGACUGAUGCUGGCCAGCGGCAAUAAGGAGCCAGCAUCAGAUGAAGCAUCCAGUGAGGAGGACCCUGAAGCAUCCUACAGCGCCCUCCGCAGGGGAGUUGAAAGAAUGAACAGCGACUGUACACUCAGAAAUCGCAAGAAUACACAGCACUACAAGAAACACUAUGCUGUAGAGGAUGUCCCCAAGUCCGGCACCAGCUGCAGCUCCAGAUGUUCCAGUCUAAGGACUCACGACUCUGAGAGCACUCGACACGAGUCCGAGACGGAGGACUUGAUGUGGGAAGACUUCCUGCACUGUGCUGAGUGCAGAUCGUCCUGCACCUCAGAGACAGAGGGAGAAGGAGGAGGGACGCCGGUCUGUCCUCCUGCCAAGAAGGAAUACAGAGACGACCCUUUCCAUCAGGGUCACGUUCCCUGGCUGCACAGCUCCAACCCCGGUCUGGAGAGAGUGAGCGCUAUAGUGUGGGAGGGAAACGAGUGCAAGAAGGCCGACAUGUCCGUCCUGGAGAUCAGCGGCAUGAUCAUGAACAGAGUGAAUCUCUACACUCCUGGUAUUGGGUACCAGGUGUUUGGGAACCUGGUCUCCGUGACGCUCGGCCUCACACCUUUCGUAUACAGGCUUGCUCAGCACCGCGACUUGGAUCAGCUGACUACGCUCUCAGCCAAUGAGCUACUGUCUGUGGCGCUGGGAGGCGGGUCUGGAUCAGAUGCCUUGGUCAUCACCAUGGUGACACUUAGCUUCCUGGUGCGCGUUUGCCUUAUAUGGCUGUUCUUCUUCCUGCUCAGUGUGGCCGAGAGGACCUACAAACAGAGGCUACUGUUUGCCAAGCUGUUUGGUCACCUGACUUCAGCCCGCAGAGCCAGGAAGUCUGAAGUCCCUCAUUUUAGACUGAAGAAAGUGCAGAACAUCAAGAUGUGGCUGUCGCUACGCUCCUACCUCAAGAGACGGGGUCCUCAGCGUUCAGUGGAUGUGAUCGUGUCGUCCGCCUUCCUGCUCACUCUAUCAGUUGUCUUCAUCUGCUGCGCCCAGUUGCUGCACGUCCACGAAACUUUCCUCGAGUGUCACUAUAACUGGGAGCUGGUGAUCUGGUGCUCCAGUCUGUCUCUGUUCCUGCUCAGGUUCGUCACUCUGGGCUCCGAGACCAGCAAGAAGUACAGCAACACCUCCAUACUGCUCACUGAACAGAUCAACCUGUAUCUGAAGAUGGAGAAGAAGCCAAACAAGAAAGAGGAGCUGACACUGGUCAACAACGUCUUAAAACUGGCUACCAAACUACUCAAGGAGUUAGACACUCCUUUCAGGUUGUAUGGUUUGACCAUGAACCCUCUGCUCUACAACAUCACCCAGGUGGUCAUCCUGUCCGCCGUGUCGGGAGUAAUAUCUGACCUAUUAGGAUUUAACCUGAAGCUGUGGAAGAUCAAAUCGUGACGGUGAGCAGAGGAACGGCGUCCGACCUUCACUCUCACCGACUGACUGCUCAAUUUAACGGUCAACUGACUGAACGUCGCUCUCGACAUAUCGGAGUCCUUUGACCUUCAACGUUCCCUCUUUGUGCAAUUCACAAACUAUUUAUUUACCCACUCAGUGUUUUUACUUAGGGUUUAUUUGAAUUGUAGGUUUUCAUUUCUGUGUCCUAUGACACAAAACAAUGUUAUUUUACCUGUAUACAACAAGUGUUAUUAUUAUUAUAAGCAUUAAUUAUGUGAUGGAUUAGGUUCUCAGCUGCAUUCGCAACAGUUCAGUUUUUCAUUCGCAGAUCUGAAGGCAAAGUGUUGAGAUGCCAAUGGGGCAAAAGUUAUUUUAUUGUCAUUUUUGUGUUUUGUUUGCUCAAACCGAAAGCUGUUAUUUAUGUUGAGUACGUUUCAAAACAAAACUUCAAACUAUGUUACGACCCUAAAACUUGUUUUAAAAAUAUUUAAAUACAGCCUGUGAUUUUUUUUUCCAAACGAACAAAAAAUAUUGUUUCUAGUUUUAUUGCCACCUUAAUGCUUACAUUGUAAUUUAUGUAAAAACGUUAAACCACAGAGUAUAAUGUGAUCAAGAUACAGUUAAAAGGAUAGUUUAUUAGCUUAGAUCUGGCUGGUUUGGUGUCAUUUCCUGGUAUUUGGCAAAUAAGAAUGUAAAAGUUGUCUGUUUGCGUUUUCAGUUCGGCAGAAUCAAUUUACCGAUUCAUACCAGCUCCAAGAUGUGAUAAUUCAUAUCUUUUAAUGGACGUUAAUGGCAUCAUUCUGUAAAAGUUUGCUGACUUACCUGAGAAAGUUUUCCUCACUGAGGAAAAACAUCAGCAGAUCCACCCUGCAAAAGAAACAAACAGUUAGUGGGAACAAAAACCAUGUGAACAGCUCAAUGUGGAUCCCACAUAAAAGUGCAUAAUCAACACAAAAGAUAAAAGUAGAGUCUGGUUAGGUCAGCCAUCAUUAAAUAGAGAGACCUUUUUUUUCUUUUUAACCACAUCAGUGGGUUUGAAAGUAUUUUCAGCAAUAUGUUUGUGUGUGUGUGUGUGUGUGUGUGUGUGUGCAGGAAAUGCAGUCAGAGUUGGAGCUUGAGAAGGUCACUUCUAGACUUUUGGUUAAAUGCAGAUUACCUUUUCCCUGCAUGUGAAGCUACUUCCUGCUACUGUCUUAUUUUAUACAUGUACGUUGACAAAGAUUCAUAAGAGUCCUAAAUAUCAAUUUACUGCUCCUACAGAGCAAACUAUUGAGUGUGUGAUGUAUAGUGAACAAAGGAGUGAUUUCACACAGACUGGGUUGAGAAAAAUGUGGCUUUCUGGAGCACCUCUGACAAAAAAGGAAUUUUGUGGUAAUUUUCUGGCUGUGUUGCAGUUUAGUUGAACACCUUUUGAAUGUAGUUUCUGACACUAAGGUCAAAGCUAUUUCCUGCAUAUCAUAACAGCAUGAAGAGUUAGGCUCCUGAAAACAACGUUUGGGGCAGUCAAGACUAAACUGUUGAUUAGUUUGGUGGGUUUUAAAUCCCACUGAGCUGAUUAGACGUUAAGACAGUGAUUCAGCACCACAGUUAAAACAUGUCUGAAUAUGACUGAAGAUAUGCACUUUACAAACGAAGUAACAUCUUGUUUAAAUGUCGAGAGAUUCUCUUUAGUACCUCGCCAGCUUGGCUGUUAAAGCGAAUGUUAGCUCCGAAAAAGAAAACAAUUUAUCGACAAUUCAAGUCACUCUCUGAAGUAAAUCCUAUAUGGUACAUGGACUAAUCGUGCCCACAAAAAACAUCUUCAAUGUUGUCUCAGUUCAUUUUUUUUUUUUUGGCUAACUGAAACUAAUGUCAUAAAAAUGCUAGCAUAAUCAUACUGAGUGUGUCUGAGGAGGAAGACCAAAGUGCUUAUUUUACUGUUUGUUUUUUGUUUGUCUCUGCUGGAAAAAGAAUGUAUUGGCAGCAUUAUGCUUUAAGAUCUAUUUGUUUACCUUUUGGAAAUAUUUUAAGUUGUAUUUUUUUUUGUUUGUUUUUCUCUUUGCUCUUUUGUCGUUCAUUUGUAAAGUUUCUCACGCUCGUCGCAAAGGCGAGGCACGUUUUGUUUUUAAAUGGAAUGAAGAAGUUUGAAACGUAUGUAUGAAAAUGAACUAGGUUAAAGGACUCUGUGUUGUGAUUCUGUUUGCAAAGAGUCUGACUAUUUAGAUUUUUUUUGUGAACUGGUCUGUCCACAAGGUCUACAUUUUUAUAAGAAAAAUAAAAAACUCAAUGUUGA